AUGCCCUUUCAUGCGUUGCAUUACACCUCUUCUGGAGUAAGCUUUGACAAGGGUACGAUUCGACGGAUAGCGGAGGCAUAUGCGAAAGAUGCGAAGGAAAAAGCUUUGAAACUCAUCAAGCAAAAACCGAACAAAGAAGAUGACGAUGAAUACCAUGCAUGGAGGGAUGAAAAGAUAAUCUUGAAUCCUUCCGAAAAUGGCAUUCCGCGUCUAAGAAUAGGUUAUAUCAGCUCAGAUUUUGUGGACCAUCCAACAGCAGACUUGAUCCAAAGCGCUCUCUUGCUGCAUGACGACUCUAAAUUUGAAAUUUUCUGUUACUCCAUCACACGAGAUGAUGAUAAUUCGCAUUACCGAAAAACAAUUGCUCAAGAAAUUGAGCAUUUUCGUAAUUUUUCUCAACGAGACAACGACAAGAAAUGUGCAGAGGCGAUUGCUGAAGAUGGAAUACACAUCCUGGUCAAUUUGAAUGGGCAUACUGCUGGGGACCGUAAUGGAAUCAGCGCGCUUCGCCCUGCACCCGUGCAGCUUGUUUACUUAGCUUAUCCAGGCACAAUGGGGGCAGAUUACAUCGAUUUCAACGUCGCCGAUCGAACUGUAUGCCCAGAGAAGCACCGGGAAUUCUAUACUGAACGAAUUCUACAUAUGCCUUACUGUUAUCAGACAAACUCCUUCCGUCACCUUUAUCCAGAAAUUUUAGAUCAAAAGAAUCUUCCUACCAGGGACGAUCAUCAACUCCCAGAUCAUCCAACAGUUGUAUUUUGUAACUUUUGCAGACUUGGUAGGAUUACUGCAGACUUGUUUCAAAUCUGGAUGAAUAUUCUUCGUAGAGUGCCGAACAGUGUAAUUUGGUUAUACAAGCAUCCGAAGGCAGCUGUGCCAAGGCUACAACUACAAGCGAAACGAUCAGGAAUACCCCCAGAACGCCUUGUGUUUGGACCACCCUGUAGCCCGAAGAUCGAACAUCUCAAACGAGUCACGCUGGCCGACCUCUGCUUGGAUACCAUUGUUUACAACGGACAUACAACAGCUAGUGAUAUGCUGUGGGCUGGAGUUCCCUUCGUGACUGUCAGUGGCGAUAACUGGCCUUCGCUUGUGGCUACAUGUAUCGCAAAGUCUGUCGGAAUGCCUGAAAUGGCAGUAUCGAAUCUAGCGGAGUAUGAAGAAUUGGCGGUAAAACUUGGAAACGAUCCGGUGAUGUUGAGAGAAUGGAAGACGAAACUGCAAGCUAACCGAUUAAGCGCUCCACUAUUCGAUCCAGAAAGGUGGAUAAGAAGCUUUGAAUCAGGUUUGGAGAAAGUAUGGAGGCUAUAU